CUAGAAAAAAAAAAGUUUCAUUUUGCUCCAAAAUAGUUCUUAUUUCACAAUAAAUAUUUUAAGUCCAUCCAUUAUGACUUCCGAGAAUCGUCCAGAAUCAUCACGUGGGAGAUCAUCACGUCCAAGAUCAUCUGUUUCGAAUCGUGGUCCAGUAAGUAUCGAUUAACUUGUAAAUUUGAUGCAUUAUAUAAUAUUAGUGAGUUAUCAUAAAAAAUUAUUCAUAAUGGUGUUUAGAAAGAACAUUGGAAUGACCGAGAAGAACAAAUAUUGUUGGAAUUAUACGAGCCUGAGAUAACAAAGGUGAAUUACAUUGCAAAUAAUUUAAAAGCCCCACAACGAAAGCAUAUAUUAGCAGUUCUCGAACGGAGGACGGGUAAAAAUCUUAAGUGGAUCAAGGUGAAGAACAAAAUAGACACCUUAAAGAAAAAGCAUAAGGCAUGGCUUGAUCUUAUGGGUCGAACAGGAAUUACCUCAGAUUCUAUUUCUGGAAGAAUCACAAUGGAUGAUGACUGGUGGGUAGACCGUGAAAUGGAGUGUGAGAAGAUACGUGCAUUACAUCGCGAACCACCAAAACAAUGGGAUAUAAUGCAACGUAUAUUUAAGAACCAUGAUGUCUCAGAUCAACAUAUGUAUGAUGUUGCAGAUGCACAAAGAGAGAUAGAAGAGGAGAACAAUGAUCCUGAUGUCAAUGAUGAAUACAAUACUGAUGAGGUCCCAGCUACACAUGACUAUAUUCCUCAGCCCCUAGAUGAAGAUGGUCAACAACCAGACUUGUCAUUCUUUGAUUCACAAGAGUUGAAUGCAGAAAGUCCAGUGUUACAACAAGAAGAGGUUGGUGGUCGGUCUGGUAGGCAAAUAUCACGACAAACCCCAUAUAGUACUGACGGAGCUGAAGCAUCUCGAAGGAGUACUGCAUCUCGAUUGCGAACAUCUGCUAAUAGCGGUCGUGGUAGUCGUAGAAGAAGAGAGUUAGAAGAAGACAGUAAAUCGAAAGUUUCAUCAGGUAUUGAAUGCGAUGGAGCGACUUGCAUGUGACGAAUUAAAAACACCAUCGUCUCAACAACUUAGAGAAUAUCCCCGAAGUUUACGAAUUGAUCGUCGUUACUGGCCAUUUUUCCAAGGAUUCAUUGGGGCAAUGGAUGGGACACAUGUUCCUGUACUACCACCAACAGAAGACCGUCGUAUUUUUUGGGACCGGUUUGGUGAGACAAGCCUUAACAUAUUGGCUAUAUGUGAUUUAGAUAUGCUUUUCACAUACAUAUGGAACGGUGCGCCAGGUUCAGUGCAUGAUGCUAGAGUAUUAGCGAUUGCGCAACAAAACAGUCAAA